AUGUCAGACCCCAAAACCUACACGGUGGGUUGGAUAUGCGCCAUCACCGUCGAAUAUGUUGCUGCUCAGCUAUUCCUUGAUGAAGAACAUGAAGGACCGCAACAUCUUCCUCAAAACGAUUACAAUAAUUAUAAAUUGGGUAAAAUGGGAAGCCACAACGUCGUCAUUGCCGUGUUACCUGAUGGGGAAUAUGGGACCUCUUCUGCAGCGCGCGUGGCUGCGGAUAUGCACCAUAGCUUCCCAAAUGUUAAAAUUGGGUUAGUAGUUGGUAUUGGCGGCGGUGCUCCUAACAAAGACAAUAAAAUUCAUUUGGGAGACGUUGUGGUUAGCUCCCCUCGCAAUGGUUUGGGCGGCAUACUCUCUUAUGACUCGGGCAAGGCGAUACAAGACCAACCAUUUCAGAUGUCAAAGUUCUUGAAUCAGCCACCCACCUACCUUCGUACAGCAGUACAGGGCCUAAGGACACAGUAUGAGAUAAGGGGGAAUCAGCUUGAGACAGCCAUCGUUUCUGUUCUGAACAAAAGGCCAAGGUUACGGAAAUACCGACGACCUGACCCAAGCACCGAUAGAUUAUACCGAAGUGACGUUCUUCAUCCCAUAGGCAACACAUCAAAAUGCGCCGAUGUAUGUGGGAAUGAUCCAUUAAAUCUAGUAUCUCGACCUGAACGAACCGAAGAUGAGGAUAAUCCAAUGGUUCACUAUGGUAUAAUUGCUUCUGCAAACACACUCAUCAAGGACGCUACGGUACGAGAUGAGCUUGCUAAAGAAAAGGGCGUUUUGUGUUUUGAGAUGGAGUCGGCUGGAUUGAUAAACCAUUUCCCUUGCUUGGUUAUUCGUGGCAUAUGUGACUACGCGGACACUCAUAAGAAUGAUGAUUGGCAUGGUUAUGCGGCUAUGACAGCUGCGGCAUAUGCGAAAGAUCUUCUCCGCCAGAUAUCCCCGAACAAAGUUGAAGCUGAGCGUAGAAAUGACGGUCAACUUGACAAGAUUGACGAGAAGUUGGAUGCCCUGAGUCAACGCACCAUACUUGAUAAAUUGCCUGUUGCCAGAGAAGCAGCCUUCAACUCAACCCCUGAGGCACAGGAACCAACCUGCCUUGCCGGCACUAGAGUCGACAUUCUCCAUCGGAUAUCUGAAUGGGCCAACGACUUCAACACCAAACCCAUUUUUUGGCUCAGCGGCAUGGCUGGGACCGGAAAAUCCACAAUUUCUCGCACUAUUGCUCAGUCCUUUGCUGGCCAUCUUGGUGCCAGCUUCUUCUUCAAAAGGGGAGAUGCGGACCGAGGGACUGCAUCUAAGCUUUUCACGACCAUCGCUGCCGACCUGCUCAUACGAGAGCCUGCUAUCGCUCCGUACGUUAAGCAAGCUAUCGACAAUGAUCCUGCUGUUCCGUGGAGAGGGCUGCAAGAGCAGUUUGAUCAGCUCAUAUCGCAACCUUUGCUCAAAUUUGCCGCGGACGGAGGGAAAUUUGAUUCCGUAAUCAUCAUCAUAGACGCCCUUGAUGAAUGUGAGCGGGAAUCUCAGAUAAAAUCUGUUAUCGAUCUUCUUUCUCAUCUCAAAAUUCGACAAGGUCUAUGUUUACGAACCUUUGUUACUAGCCGACCUGAGUUACCAGUCCGGCUGGGCUUUCAUGCUAUUGAGCAUAAAAAUCUAAUCCUUCAUGAAAUACCUCAAAUCAUUAUCAAACAAGAUAUAUCGCUUUUUCUAGAGUACAAGAUGGCGGAAAUCCGCGACAAGUUCAAUGCUUCCGUCUCAAAAGACCGGCAACUACCUUUAAGCUGGCCUGGUGAGUCUAGCUUUCAGUCUCUGGUAAAGAUGGCUGUUCCCUUGUUUAUCUUUGCUGCAACUCCAAUUUCCAAUCUAGAGUUGGUAUACUUUCUCGAUGACGCUAUUCGCUUCAUCCGUCGAAAUAUUACUGCCAUUGAGGAAACUCCUUUACAAUUAUACUCGUCCCUACUGGUUUUCGCACCACGAGACAGUGUAAUAAAGAACACCUUUAAAGACCACAUAAAUUGGAUAGCCCGUGAACCGGAAACAGAAAUGGAAACCUGGAACCAGCAUCUACAGACUCUUGAAGGUCAUGGCGAUGGAAUCAAAGCCGUUGUUUUUUCGCAUAACUCGUCGUUGCUAGCAUCAGCCUCUCGGGAUGGGACCGUGCGUAUUUGGAAUCCCAAUACAGGGGAGUGUCUCCAAGAGCUUCAAGUUGACGGCACCGCAGUUCAAUCAGUCAUCUUCCUAGAAGGAUCUACGCGCGUGGCAUCAGUAUCCAAGAAUAUGACAAUCUGUAUCCACGAAGUGGAGACAGGCAGGUGCAUACAACAACUGAAGGGAUAUCAUCAAACCCAUGAAGCGGCAAUUGCGGUAUACAACUCAAUAUUGCUAGCAUCAGCUGCAAGUAGUGAUAUGGUGCGAAUCUGGGAUAUCAAUGCUAGAAAAUGUCUGCAAGUGCUACGCAGCCAUAGUGAGGAUGUGUUUUCACUAGCUAUCUCAACUGACUUAAAACUUUUGGCUUCGAUAUCAAACGACAAAACAGCAUUUAUUUGGGACGUUGAUUCAAAAAAACCCAUGAAGCGAUUUCAAGCCAAUGGUGCGAUUGCCCUUUCUCGCGAUUCAAAGUACAUUGUUGCCGGGGGCAUCGAUAACUCGGUAGGAGUUUGGCCUGUUACCCAUGGAAAUAUACUGCACAAGUUUGAGGGUCAUACUGGCCAGAUCACAGCGCUUACCUUUUCAGACGACUCAAAAUUGGUAGCGUCAGCUUCUGUUGAUCGAACAGUAAAGAUAUGGCAUGUUGAGCAAGGAGUAUGUAUCCAAGAGAUGCAGAACUAUAGCAGAUGGAUUUCCUCAAUCACAUUUUCACAUGAUUCGGCGAUUGUAGCACUAGCAUCGGAUGACAGCACUAUAAGGAUCUGGAAUAUUGAAGGAAACCAAGAGAUUGAAGAUUCUCCUGAUCAAUGGGGCCCGGUUAUGUCGAUUGUUCCAUCGCCAGAUUCGACGCUGGUCGCAUCGCUACAUUAUGCUGAACGAGCGGUGCGGAUGUGGCAUGUCGACAAUGGAGAAUGCAUGGGUGAAAUUGUCAGUGAUGACUGGGUGGAUUCAGCUAACUUUUCGCUCGAUUCAGCAUUUUUAGCAACGCGUGCAGUAGACCAGACGGCACAUAUCUGGCGUACCGAUUCCGGUGAAUGCGUAUACGAGAUCCUGAGUUGUAGUGCUUGGUUAGAAUCAGUAACCUUUUCGCACGACUCAGCGUUAGUGGCAUCAGCUUCUAUUGACGGUUGUGUGGUGCAGAUAUUGGAUGUCAAGGAGCAUAAGCAGAUACAAACUCUUCACGGCCACACGGGGAUGAUUCGCUCAAUUACCUUUUCCCAUGACUCAGCUCUGAUGCUUACUGCCUCGGAGGAUAAGACAGCACGACUCUGGCAUAUCGAAUCCGGGUUAUGUUUACAGGAGCUUCAAGGUCAUGCCUGUGAGAUUACAUUCGCUGUCUUCUCUUACGAUUCAGCCCUUGCUACAUCGACCUCGUCUGAUAAACUGCGAAUCUGGGAUGUUCAAUCGGGCUCAUGUCUUCAAGAAUUUCCUGGGCACGCCAGUGAUCCUAAAAUAGCUGCAUUUUCGCAUGAUUCAGCCCUUUUAGCAGUAUCCUAUCAGGAUAAUAUGGUACGGUUAUGGCAAGUCCAUACAGGCAACUGCCUGUUAGAGAUCGAUCUCGGAGCAACGACAACUCGCUUGAGUUUUUCAACAUCUCUUUCAAUUUUGGCUACCGAUGUUGGAGCUAUCAAUCUACAGUAUCUGAGUCGACAACCCUCUCACAAAGAUGAACAUCAUGCACCUUUUUGUGGAUAUGGUAUUAGCAAAGAUCGUGCUUGGAUUACAUGGAACGGCAAGAACACCUUGUGGCUACCUCCAGAGUAUCGGCCAUCAUGCUCUACUGUGCUUGGGUCUACAGUGAUGUUCGGUACUUACUCUGGCAGUGUUAUAUCAUUUAGAUUUCCAGGUGACCCAGAGUUAUAG